AUGACGUCAAUCCUCGCCGCCCUGUCGUGCACUCUGUGCACCGUCAUCUUCCUAGUGGUGACGGAUGUCUGGUGCCUGGACAACGGUCUCGCCCUGACGCCUCCCAUGGGCUGGUUCACGUGGAGCCGGUUCAUGUGCAACGAAUGUGCACUGGGUCGCCACGAGAAUUGCCUCACAUGACUCUGUUUCAGUUCCGAACUCAUCUUGAAAAUGGCAGAGAGGAUGGUUCAAGACGGGUACCUAGAUGCCGGCUACGAGUACCUCAUCAUUGACGACUGCUGAAGCAACCCGACGAGGGGCGAAUAUGGAAGAUUAUUCGGUGAUCCACGACGCUUCCAUGAAGGGAUGAAGAAGCUCGCUCAAAAGGUUCGUCAGAAAGGCCUCAAAUUUGGCAUCUACACGGAUGUUGGUCCCAAAACUUGCGACGGAUUUCCUGGAAGUUACGGACACUACAAGACCGAUGCUCGGACAUUCGCCGACUGGGGUGUGGACUACGUAAAAGUGGACGGCUGCAACGUGAAACCGUCGGAGAUGGAUACGUUGUAUCCAGCGUUUGGUCAGGCCAUUCUUGACUCUGGCUACGACAUGGUGUACUCCUGCGAAUGGCCGUUUUAUCAAAUGGUGGCUGGAAUCAGGCCAAACGACAAGAACAUAUGCAGGAACUGCAAUUUGUGGAGAAACUAUGACCACAUAAAUUACUCCUGGAACCAUAUCAUCGGCACAGUUAAUCAUGAGGCAACCCUCCAAGACAUAUUGGUGAAUGUAUCUGGUCCUAGUGUGUGGACAGACCCUGACAUGCUCGUUAUUGGAAACUUCGGUUUGACGAUUCAGCUACAACGCGCACAAAUGGCCUACUGGGCCAUCAUGGCUGCACCGCUCAUCAUGUCCAAUGACCUCAGAGACAUUGCACCGGAAUCGAAAGACCUGUUACUCAACAAGUUCAUCAUCGCCAUCGACCAGGAUCCGCUUGGAUUGAUGGGAAGGCGCAUCCAUAAGGGAAAAAACCUCGACAUCUGGGCUCGCUGGGUGACUCCGGAACUUGCCGACAGAAAGCUGUCCCUGGCCGUCUUGUUGUACAACACGAAAGUGCUCGGUGGCCCCGUCCAGGCCUCCAUCCCGCUCCAAAGCCUCGGCCUGGACAGUCCCACGGGCUACCUCGUCACCGAUCUCAUCCGCAACAAUACCGUCGUCGGAAAGUUUUAUCCAGAGCACAGUAUCAACGCUACGAUUGCGCCCAUGGACGUUUUCUUCUUUAAGGCUACCGUACUUAGUGGCAUGCACGACACAGUUUUAUAAACAAUUUGUUGUUCGAA